CCUUGAAAUACAAUGUCCCUUUGAGGCAAGAAGAAGCACCAUUUUGGCUGGAGGUGGACACUGUUCCCGAGACUUGCACAGGAGUCAAAGCUCACGUCACUUUUGACAUUGCCAUAAAUGUCAGUUACACCGGCCAACGUCUGGUUUCCAACAUGGCAAUUGUCCAGAUUAAGAUGCUAUCCGGAUACAUCCCGGUGAAAUCCAGUGUAAAAAAGCUGGAAAAGGAAAGUCAGAUCAAGAGGACUGAAGUGAACAUCAAUCAUGUCCUGCUAUACUUGGACGAGGUACCCAAGACAGUCCAAACUUUCUCCUUUACGGUGGAGCAGGAGACACCCGUCUGGGACCUGCAGCCUGCCUUAGUGAAAAUCUAUGAUUACUAUGAAACUGAUGAAUUUGCAACAGCCGAGUACACGGCCCCCUGCAGUACAGGUAAAGCAUGAGUUGCCAUUGGCU